AUGUCACGGCAGAGUAGAGAGGAGCAUGCGGCUCUCCUCGCUUUCGUCAACUCUUUCAAGCUGUCAAGACCCGUUCGAACGUUUGACGCUUUGUCCGAUGGAAAGGCUUUGAUGGAGGUCAUGGCUAUGAUUGACCCUAGUCACUUCAAAAAUGCCGCUGGACGGCAAUCUCUGGGCAGCUCUCCAGCAUCUCGUUCCUCUGAGAAUUGGGUCUUGAAAAUGAAUACCCUUAAACGCUUGCAUAGAUUACUCGUAUCAUAUCCUCUCCCGUCGCCUCACCCUCCGAAUCUUGGUACCUCAUCUCUGCCUGAACCCAACUUUUCCGCAAUUGCCAGAUCCCCCACGACGGUGGAGGGGGCGAUGAAUUUGGUCCAAUUAUGCAGGCUAUGUUUGGCCGCGGGAGUCCUAGGACCGGGGAAUGAGAAGGUGAUUGCUAAGAUCCAAAGUUUCGAGGAGGGAACUAUGGCCAGCUUGAUGAAGAGUAUUGAAGAGGUCAUGCGAACUCUGCCUCAAGAUGGGGAGCAAGGAGAUGGCGAAAUUAUGGGUCGAUCAGGAUCACCACCUUCAUGCGAGCAGAUGAUGGAACAAGUAGCUGAGAUGUCUUCGGUUCUGGAAGAGGCAAAGGUUGAACGGGACGAGGCAAUGGCUAGUCUAGCCGCCUCUCGCGACACUGGUAAUCCCCGUCAUAGUCUGCCUAUGUCUUCGGAGUCUGAGCGUCUACGAGCAGAAUUGACCAAGACCGAGGAAGCUUUGCAGCAAACCGAGGUGGAGCUCGAAAGACAUACUGGGCUUGUAGCCGACUUGACCAAAACUGUGGAGGAAUUGACAGCUGCGGCGGCGGAGACAAGCAAGUUGAAAGAUCAGCUGGACGAGUACCGGCAUACCGCGGAACGCCUGCAGAAAUCUGAGAACGUCAUUGAGAAAUACAAGAAGAAACUCGAAGAGUCUGCCGGUCUACGGCGCGAGCUCCGAAGUCUAGAGGAAGAGAAUGCACAGCUGGUGAAUACAAAUACGAAGCUCGAAGCCGAUAUCAAAAGUGUAGGAGCCAGUAAGAGUCUUCUCGACGAGUAUCGAAGUCAGGUGGACAUUCUGGAGAGGAGAACUGCAGAGCAAGCUAAUGAGAUUGUCGAGCUACAACAUCAGAUCGAAGACGCCCACUUGCAGUUGGCUACGUUGGAGCAAGAGGCUGAGAAAGAUCGGGAGGAACUUCACUUACAUCAAGAAAGAGCAAAGGAGGCGGAUCUGUCAGGGGAUAGAAGUGUCAGCAUGGCCCGCGACACGUCUGGUGGGUCUUCAGAUGACAAACCGACUUUGGACGAUGAGUUGGUGGCUAUGGCGGAUGAUAAAGCCACGGCUGAGACUCGAACAUCCCUGAAGCUACGUGUUAAAGCCCUGGAAAGACAGCUCGCCCAAAUGAAAGGUGUGGCUAGUGGCGAUAAUCGUUUAUCAGCCCUUCAGACUCUUCUGGAGGACGCCAAUCGUUCCCGAGAUCGCUACCAGCUCGACUACCUCGAAGCGCAUCGCACAAACCUUCGACUUGAAACGACACUGCAGAAGAUUAGAUCUGGAAGCGACAAUUCCCAAGCUUCAGUAGCCCUGAAGGCCAGGGUGGAAGAGCUGGAAGCUGAACUGGACGCUUUGAGGAAUGAAGCUCAAGUCGCUGAGAGGGAGAAAGAUAAAGUGCAGCUUGAGCUCUCCGUCGCUAGAGAAGAUUUGGAAUUGGUGGAUAAAGACCAGCUGGCGAUGCUUUCUACCCUUCGAGAUCGAGCAAAGGCGGAAUAUGAACGUACUGAUGUCCGACUGGAGGAUCUCAAACAGCAGGUGGAGCAUCUUCGGCAAAAAGAUCGUGUCCACCUGGAAGAGAUCAAGAAGUUGUUAAUGGACAAAGUGGAUAUGCAAUCCGCCUCAAUCACCCAAAGAGAAAAAGAUCUGUCACGAGAGAAAGAGUUUGGGGAUCUGAAAGCUGCUUUGGCGGCGAAAGGCCUUCCGAUUGAGACUCAGAAUCAGAUUAUGGAAUUACACGGGCGCAAUUCCAGCUUACAAACCGAGAUCACAAGUCUAAACGAGCAAAUACGAGAUUUGAGGUUGUCAAAAGGAAACAGACUGGAUGCCAGCGCAUUCGAAGAAGCCCAAAAAGCAUACGAACAACAAAUCUCCACACUCAAAUCCGACCUUCUCCAAGCGCGCGCCUCGAUGUCAGAGUUGGAACAACGGUAUGGGACGGAACAGAGGUUGAUGUUGAGUGCAUGGCAUGAUUUAGGGCAAAGGGUGAUGAGGGAUCAUCUGGCCGUAGCAGGUACUGGGAAGAGACAUCAGAGACCGGCUACGAGUAGUUGGUUGGGGAGACAGAGAAGAUAUGUCAGUUGA